AUGGAGCCGUCCAGGUGGCCCAGCAGCCUUUGCUCCAGAGUGAUGCUGUGUGCCACUCACGGUCGGCUUACAGCGCUCGCACUACGGCGUGACGUGGCACGGCGAGAGGCGACCCGGCAUACAUGGCACAGAGGCUUUGCAUUGCCAAGAUCCUUGGUUUGCCUGUUAGCCUCGAGCAGUCUGGCAGCACGAGCUCUCCGCCGUGCGCGACGAAGCGCAGCGCUGGCGGCCAUGGCUUCGCCGGUGAUGGAGAGGCCGAGGUCGAUGACUCAAGACGGUCAAGCUAGGCCGGGCGGUGCAGGCCAGAAGCGUCGCCCAUAUCAAGACACCGACUUGCCCAUCCAGAAGAUUUUGCCCAGCGUGCUGCACCACUGUCGAUCCGGUGCUGAUCUGGUGCUCCAGGCGCCAACGGGUGCCGGGAAGACCACAGUCGUUCCCUUGGCCUUGUUGGACAGUGGCCUGGUGGAGGGCAAGAUUAUAGUGCUACAGCCACGGCGGAUCACCUGCAUCAGCGUCGCCAAGCGCAUGGCCGAACUUUGGGGCGACGCUCUUGGCGAGACGGUGGGCUAUCGAAUACGACACGAAUGCAUCGUGUCAAAUCGUACCCAGAUUGAGGUGGUCACCGAAGGUGUGCUUGUGCGCCAUUUGGCGCUCAACCCGGAAUUGGAAGGCAUCGGGUGCAUUUGCUUCGACGAGUUUCACGAGCGCAGCAUCGAAUCCGACCUGUCCUUUGCGCUUUGCGCCCACUUGAAGCGCCAGAGGCGCCUUCGAGCUCGGCUGCUCAUCAUGAGCGCGACCUUUGGCAACCUCACCGAACGGGUUGCCGACCUGCUGGAUAACGCUCAAACCUUGAUCAGCGAGGGAAGGUGCUUUCCCGUCGAAGUCUUUUAUCGCCCCGUCUUGAAGCUCAAGGACUGGGAGCCGCAAGGUCCGCACAGGUUCGCCGACCUGGUGGCCCAGCAAGUGGAGGAGGCCCUCGAGGAACACCCGGGCGAUGUGCUGGUCUUCGUCCCCGGGGAGCGGGAAAUCAUGUACGUUUGGAUUGCCUUGAACAACAAGGGCAUUGGCGAUGGUCAACGCCCCAAGAACUUGGUGCCCUGGGCACAUCGGUUGAUUGACAACUCCAAAGUGGACUUGAGCCGAAAGAUCCAGGUCAGUCCCUUGUACGGCACCAUGGAGACCCACGAGCAAGAUUCCGUGCUUCAAGCCAAAGAGGGCUGGCGCAAGGGCCAUUGA